CUUUUCUUCUCGCCAACCUCGCCGCCGGCCAAACCACCACCUUCACUAGUCGGAGAAAAGGCUAAUGCGGCUGUGCCGCCGACGUCAAGAAGCUUUUCAUCCACGCUGUCUUUUCUCCUUUUUCUGCCGGAGGAUUCACCUGAUUUAGCUCAGCUUUCACUCACUUCUCAUUCUUCUUACUUUUAUCUGUGUGCUGUGAUGUCGUCGGCGAUUGGAUGUUCUUCUCUCAAAACUACUCAUCAAGUUAGGGUGCAAAAAUGGAGGUCACCCAGAGCAGCUGUGGUGUCCGAUUUCCAUCUCCCAAUGCGUAGUUAUGAAGCGUACGACACGCUCGUCAACAUGCAAAUCGAGGGCGGAGCCGAAGGCGUCAUCGUUGGCGGGACCACCGGCGAGGGUCAACUCAUGUCGUGGGACGAGCACAUCAUGCUCAUCGGCCACACGGUCAACUGCUUCGGCGCCUCGGUCAAAGUCAUCGGCAACACCGGAAGCAACUCGACCCGCGAGGCCAUCCAUGCAACCGAGCAAGGCUUUGCCGUCGGCAUGCACGCCGCCCUUCACAUCAACCCUUACUACGGAAAAACUUCCCUCGACGGCUUAACCCUCCAUUUCGAGAGCGUCCUCCACAUGGGCCCCACUAUAUUAUACAACGUACCCUCACGAACGGGUCAAGAUAUCCCGUCGAGCGUCGUUCGGGCCUUGGCCCGAAGCCCGAAUCUCGCGGGCGUGAAGGAGUGUGUGGGACACGCGCGGGUCGACGAGCACGUGAGUAACGGGCUCGUCGUGUGGAGUGGGAACGAUGACGAGUGUCACGACUCGAGGUGGGAUCACGGGGGUAGAGGCGUAAUUUCCGUCGCGAGCAAUUUGGUGCCGGGGUUGAUGAGAGAGAUGAUGUUCGGGAGGAGGAAUUGGGAGUUGAACGAGAGGGUUUUGCCGCUUGUGAAGUGGUUGUUCGAGGAGCCGAACCCGAUUGGGCUGAACACGGCCCUGGCCCAACUUGGGGUCGUGAGGCCCGUUUUCAGGCUGCCGUAUGUGCCGCGUGCGAUGGAGAAGAGGGUGGAGUUUGUAAGGAUUGUCGAGGAGCUCGGGAGGGAGAAUUUCAUCGGGGAGAAGGAGGUUCGGGUUUUGGAAGACGAUGAUUUUAUGUUGAUCGGCCGAUAU